CUAUACGCUUUCUAUUCAAAUAGUAGACACAAAACAUUUUUGAAAUAGUAUGAACAAAAUUUAAGAGAAACACUAAAAUCGGGCUUACAUCAGGCGUCAUGUCUUCCCAUCGGCGCAUCACAGCCCCACCUGACAUAGCUUCGACCCCAAAUUCCAAUCCAAUAUCAACGCCAUCGCCAAAUUCAACUGAUACUGAUACUGAAACUGCAACUGCAACUGCAACCUCAACCACAGCCGCAAGCACAGAAACAACCGCAGGUGCUCGAGCCGUUGUUGAGUGUUCCUGCGACACAAUGGACACACUGGACACUCUGGACGACGACAACGUUCCGAGCACCAGCGGUCAACAAAGGGGAUGCACCCCAGUGGGGGCGGACUCUGCCACUCCGGUCAGCACCUGUGCGUUCCGGGUGCGACGGGAGCUGAACGAGAUCCGCAAGAAUCCGCCGCCCAACUGCAGUGCCGAUAUGUGCAUGGACAGGCUGCUACACUGGACGGCCACCGUGAUCGGUCCCACCGGUUCCGUCUACGAGGGCGGCCACUUCAAGCUGGACAUCCGCUUUCCCCUGAACUAUCCCUUCCGGCCGCCGCGUAUCCGCUUCACGACCUUCAUCUACCACUGCAACGUGGACAGCGUGGGGGCCAUCUGUCUGGAUGUGCUGAACGAGCGCUGGUCGCCGGUGAUGAAUGUGUCCAAGGUGCUGCUCUCGAUCUGGCUGCUACUGGGCGAGUGCAAUGCAGAUGACCCGCUGGUUACGUGCAUUGCCGACCAAUACAAGACGAAUCGCCAGGAGCACGACAAGGUCGCUCGCUUCUGGACCAAGCGCUUUGCCAUGCCCAAGGAACCCAAGGAUUCUAAGAAGCCUAAGGAUCCUAGCGAGCCAAAGGAGAUGACGGGACCAAGGGAUCCAGAGCAGAAAAAUAACAAUAGGGAGCCCACGUAAAGGAUGCAACCUCAUCGGUUUCAAAGCAUGGCUUGCCAAAACAGAUUCGUCAAACCGUCGCCGAUCGAAGUUCUGUCUCUCCUGAAAACCACUUUAUCGCCUGCUGUCUUCGCGGUCAAUAAAGCAUUUGGACAUC